AUGACAACUCAAGACCGAUUCACCACCGCCCUCUCCCAGAAUAAAGCAUGGGCAGCCAAAGUAGCCCAGGACCAUCCAGAGCUCUUCCACAAACUCUCAGCCGGCCAGCAGCCCGAGAUUCUCUGGAUCGGGUGUUCCGACUCGCGAUGUCCCGAGACGACUUUGCUUGGCCUCCAUCCAGGCGACGUAUUCGUUCACCGGAACAUCGCAAACAUACUGCACCCCUCCGACCUCAGUUCCUCUGCCGUCAUCGAAUUUGCCAUCCGCCAUCUCAAUGUAAAGCAUGUCGUUGUGUGUGGACACACAAAAUGCGGAGGCGUGGCGGCGGUAUUGGGUAACAAACAACUCGGUAUUCUUGAUCCAUGGCUUCUACCUUUAAGGCGGCUCCGCGAGAGUAAUUUGGAUAGGCUGGAUUCACUACCGGCUGACAAGGCGGCACUCAAAUUGGCCGAGUUGAAUGUGCUCGCUGGAGUGAAGACACUCAAGCAGAAGGGUGUCGUGUGGGAGGCAAUGCAGAAGGGCUUGCAGGUCCAUGGUCUUGUGUAUGAUGUUGGGAGCGGUGUCCUUGAGGAACUGGACACCCAGGAGGCUGAUGAAACUGUCAGAAGAUGCUUUGCAUCAUUCUAG